AAAUUUAAAUCAUAACUAAUUAUUACCCCCUGAUUAAUUUAAAAGAAACCUUUUGUAACAAUAAAUCUUUGAAUGUUUUAAAUAAUUUUUGAUAUGGCGUGCAUUUCUCUACAAUCUGUAAGGUAUUUGCUUGAGAAUGGAUUUAUUGAAGAUUUACAAACUCUUUAUUCAGAAUUGUCAAUAAAGAUUAAUCUCCUUCAUAAGCCAGAUCUUUAUCAGUUGUUAACUGUUCAUAAGUCAAUAAAGAGAAAUCUUUCUGUUGAGCGCGACAUUCCUCAAGAGACAAGAACAACUAUGGCGGUGAAAUCUGAAUCAACUGGCAAUUGCUUAUUUAGUUCAUUUUCGAUUUAUCUGUGUGGUGAUAACAGUCUGGCAAUGGAUUUAAGAAUGCUGACAGCAAUUGAUUUAUAUUUAAAUGCUUCUUUUUACAGUAAUCAUCCAUCCUUUGUAAGCUUGUGCUCAAAGUAUCCAAAUGAGUUUUCAUCAAUUGAUAAUUUGUUAGCAGUGUCUGUAUCCACACAUUCUAUAGACUCAGGAAAAUUGAAAGAUGACCUUGUUAAGGAAGAAGCAUUUCAUAUGUGUAAAGAUUUUGUAUGGUCUGGGUUUCUUUGUGUUCUUGCUCUUUCAACUGUGUGUUCUACAAGAGUUCAGUGUUACUAUAGAACAAUUGGUUCUCUCCUAAAAUAUAAAAUUAUGUUUAAUCUUAAAAUUGAACCUCGUAUUCUAUGUUCAUCAUCAGAUAUUGUUAAUUUGUUAUUUUGUUUUGAGGGAAUAAACCCUCCAUGUCCAUAUAAACACAAUCAUUAUGUGCCUCUUGUUUUCAUUCCAGAUAAGAAAUGUUUGAAACGUAAAAUCUGUAAAAAAGUUAAUUUUACCAAUCAAUCAACAAUUCAUAUGUUUGCAGAAAAAUAUAGUAUAAAUGAAGUAUCAUCUAUAUCUACCAUUAAUGAUAAAUCUGUUUCAUGUACACUUGUUAACAAAAAGUGUAUGUCUUCUUCUCAUAAAAAUAUUGUUUGCAAUUCUUUUAUUGAUUCAAAAUCAUUUUAUCCAAUUAAUACAUUAUCUUCAAAUCAAAAAAGUUCUAAUACUAAAGACAAAAGCAUCUUAUUCACUGAAAAUAUGGGAGUUGAGUCUAGUUUAAAGAAAUUAUCAAGUGAACCCUGUAGUGAAUUUGAUAUUGCAUGUUUUCGUUCGAAGGCUUCUACUUUGAAAGAUUUACAAUUAAAAAAUUUGAUUCGAAAUGUUUUUGUUCCUGAUGAAACUUAUUCUUUUCCAAAAACAAAUAGGCGAUCUUUCAAACUUAUAUGGUUAAAACAAUUUUCAUCGCUUAGCUAUUCACCUUCUGAAGAUGGAGCAUUUUGUUUGUGUUGCGUUUUGUUUGGAUAUAAAUACCCUUCAAAAGCUUCUAGAUGUAAAAAUUUGUAUUCUCAGCCAUUUAAAUACUGGCCAGAUGCUGUAUGUACUUUUAAUAGACAUUAUCAUGGGAAAAAAGGAAACAUUUAUGAACAUCACUCAGCUGUACAAAGUCUCCAUUAUAAUACCUGGACCAUAUUUUCCACAGUUUUGAAUACUAUGAAUGGAAAUAUUCAAAGUAUAGAUAUUUUAAUUAAUAAAGAAUAUGAAAAGGAGAUUGCUUUAAAUCGCAAGAAGUUGCGUCCAAUUGUUGACUCAAUCAUUUUCUUAGGCCAACUCAAAAUAGCUUUCAGAGGUCAUUGUGAUGAUUCUCAAUAUCAUCCUACUAUUGGCAAAUAUUCUUUAGUGGGUGGAGUAGGUAAUUUUAUUGUACUUUUAAACUACAGAAUCAGAGGUGGGGAUAAAGUUCUUGAACAUCAUCUUAAUAGUUGCGCAAAGAAUGCAUCUUAUAUUUCUAAUUCGUCACAGAAUGAAUUAAUAAGUUGUUGUGGACAGUACAUCCAGAAUAUUUUGGUUUCUAAAAUAAAAGAAAAUCAAUUUUUUUCAAUUAUUGCUGAUGAAGCAUCUGACUGCUCCAAUCAGGAACAAUUGUCUUUAGUAAUUAGAUUUAUAGACAAAUCAUAUGAUGUUAGGGAAGAAUUUAUGGGUUUUUUACAUUGUGAAUUAGGUUCAACAGGUGAAGCUCUAUGCAAAACUAUUUUAUCUUCACUUAAAGAUUUUUCGCUUGAUAUUUCCAAUUGUAGAGGUCAGGGUUAUGAUGGUGCAUCAUCUGCUACUGGUCAUGUUAAAGGAAUCGCUAAAAGAAUAAAAGAUCUAAACCAUAAAGCAGUGUAUACUCACUGCUUUAGUCAUCGUCUUAAUCUUAGUGUUAUAAAUUCAUGCAAGAUACAAGAAGUUAGAAACAUGAUGGAACAUGUAAAACAGUUGUCGUAUUUUUUUAAUUUUUCAGAGUCACGACAAAAUUUAUUAGAAGUAGCUAUUACAGAACAUUGCCCUCUUGCUACGAAGAAAAAAUUAAUUGAUGUUUGUUGUACAAGAUGGGUUGAACGCAUAACUGGGUUGGAUGAUUUUGAAAAUUUGUUUGUACCUAUUGUUUUUUGUCAAAAUGAUGCAAUAAAGUCAAAACUUGUUACAAGUUUUGACUUUAUUGCAUCCUUAGUGAUAACUCGGACAGUACUUGACUACACAAUUUCUGUUACAUAAAUGUUACAGGGUAAAACUUUUGAUAUCUGCGAUGGUUUAGGUUCUAUUUCAGCUUUAAAAAGUUAUAUCUCAACACUUAGAAGUUUAAUAGAUGAUUAUCACAUAAAGUGGUAUGCUUCUAUUCUUUGUCUUGCUUCUAAAGUUGAUGUUGCAGAAGCUAAACCAAGAUUAUCAAGUCGUCAAAUAAAUAGAAAUAUUGUUGCUUCUUCUUCAACUUCAGAUUAUUUCAAAAAAUUGUUAUCUAUUCCACUUAUUGAUCACCUCCUAAGUGAAGUAAAUUACAGAUUUAGUGAUGAUGCUUUGGUAGCUUACGAUGGCUUGGUUAUUAUUCCAGACAAAAUGAUUUCUUUUGUCUCUAAAAAGAUUGACUGGAAAAUUAGGUUCCAAUCUUUUGUUAAUUUUUAUGCAACUGAUUUACCAUGUGCAAUUUCUUUAAGUGCAGAACUUGAUUUGUGGGAAAGAUACUGGCUUCUGGAAAAUAUUUGCUUGCCAGAUAACAUUUCGAGUACUUUAAAAAGUCUUCCUAAUAAUGUAUUUGAAAAUAUCAGAGUUUGCCUUCGUAUUUUAGGAACACUACCUGUAACGUCUUCUUCUUGUGAAAGAUCGUUUUCAGCCAUGAAGCGAUUAAAAAAUUACACACGAAGUACUAUGUCAUCUGAGAGGUUGAACAAUCUUGCUCUUAUGCAUAUUCACAAAGAAAUAGUACCUGAUGUAGAAAAAGUUAUAGACUUAUUUGCACUUAAAUCUCGGAGAUUAAAUUUUACAGAUAAAAUGUGUUAACCAUUUA